UGGAGGCCUUCGUUACCGGUGUGGGUGUGGCGUUCAUUGGCUGUCGUCAUUGUUGGUGUGUUGGGCUUGCGAAAUGACGACUUCUUCGACGAGGGUAAGGGCAUUGUUUAAAAAGUCGUUGUUUAUGGUGGGGUGUAUGGAUUUGGGGUUUUGUAUGUGUUUUAUGAUUUAGGGUUUUUUGCAAUGUGUGUGCAGUUGACGGUUCGUCACUCAGUUUCGACAAAGUUCAUCUCUAGUUUGAACAAACGUUUGAGUAAGGAGCAGCGUUCAUUGAUUGUCGGGCCUCCGUUUGGGUGGUUUUUAGAUUUGACUGGUAAUGUUAAAGUUGGUAGGAAAAUGUUGAGUGAGUUAGUGUUUAAAUGGGUGGAUUCAAGCAGUGGUUUCUUAAUUGCAGACAAAGUUGUGCCUAUGAAUGAGAAAGAUUUUUCUUUAGGUUUGAGUUUGAGUUUAGAUGGGAAAGAGAUAGAUUUAAAGCUAGAAAUGGGAUGUAGUAGAUGUGUGAAAUACAUUGGCAAUAAAACAAGAAAUUUGACUUUGCUAUACAAAUGUUUGAUGAAGAAAGGAAAAAGCAUUCCUUGUGCUCCUUUUUGUAGCUUGUACAUAUUGGUUGGUAUUUGUGAGAUAUUAAUUCCACAGCAUAAUGGAAAAGUGUUUCCCAUACUAUUUGAAAUUGUUGAUAAUUUAAAUGAUUUGGGAAAAUAUUGCUGGGCUAGUUUAGUGUAUAGAUGUUUGGUACGUGGUUUGAACAAAACUUCAGAUGCAUUGAAGAAAGGAAAAGCCACAACGAACGUUUAUGUCGAUGGUUGCAUUUACAUGUUGCAAGUUUGGUUUUUUGAGAAAUUGAUUCCUCCCAAAGGUGCUAUAGAAAAAAAAUCCAAGAAUAUUGCAUUGGAUGAAUUUGAAAUUGGGAGAGAACCUAGUAACAAGAGCUUUGGAAACUAGUGUGGUAAGUUGUUUGAGUGUUCAUUGUUAUCAUUAAUAAAUGUCUUCUUAGUAUGGUUUUAAUUGUUCAAUUUCAGGUUAAUGUUGAUGUUGAUGUUCAUGUUGAUGCUGAUGUUGGUACAAGGAAGGAUGAGAAAGACUUCAAGGAUCAAGCAAGAGGAAAAAAUAAAGAUGAAAAGGCAUCAAGAAAGAAGGAACUUAAGAAAUAUCGCAGAGAGCGGUUUAUGGAAAGUUUACACGAGCAACAAAGUCUUGUUGCAGAACUUAAAAGGAGGGUUCUUGUGUUGGAGGAAGAGGUCGCAUUCGAGAAACGUAGACGAAGAAGAGCACAGGAUGGUGGAGACAAUGUGCCACAUGACGAACCGUUCAUAUCCCCUAGAGGCAUGUCCCUGGGAGGCAUCAGUCCGGGCGGAAUCCCGUUGGGAGGCCAAUCCCAACAAGGCAUGUCCAGUGGUCGUCCUGCAAUGAAGACAUUUGUGAGGAUGGGGUCACGAAGGCGUUACAAGAGUAAAGCGCUUAGGACUCCUUAUGUAGGAUUGCUUAGGAAAAAGUUAGAGUGAGAUUUGUAAAUAUUUUUGAAGAUAUUGUAAUAUGCAGAUUGUGUAGCAUGAACAAUUAUUUUGUAAUCUGGAUUGUCUUUUCUUCAAUGUUGUAAACAUG